AUGGCGGAGGUACAUAGCUUAAUGGCCUCGGCGUCCUAUGAUCAGACGGUGCGAAUCUGGGACGUUGGUUCAGGAAGGCAUGUAACGACAAUACCUCAUUCUGAUUCUCAGGUGAAUGCAAUGGCUUUCACGCCGAAUGGCUAUCAGCUAGCUGUCGCUGCGUUUCAAAAAGUGAAAAUUUAUGAUAUGACGUCUUUGAAACCCUCGAAUCACCUAACUCCUCUGGUGUGCUUUGAGCAAAUUAUGAAAAAUGUUACGGCAAUAGGUUUUGAGGCCCAAAGUCGAUGGAUGUUCACUGGUGGUGAAGACCAUUCAUGCAGAGUCUAUGAGAUGCGGGUGAAUCAACUUUUUGUCAAAGAGUAUUCGAGUAAAAAUUACAUUGAGAGGGCAACUGAAACAAUUGCGAAGUUAAAUCUGAGCGAUACAGGCAAGCGGCUGAUUCAUAAGUCGUACGGACUGAGUUGCAGGUACUCACCGGAUGGUAGAACACUCAUCACAACUGGCGCUGAUCAUACGAUCUACAUGCUUGACUCGCAUGAUAGCUCGUUGAAAUCGACUAUUGACGCAGGAUGUGACUGGAAUUGGAGCUCAGCGUUCACCUGUGAUUCACGGUAA